UGUUUGAUUUACAGCCUGUUUACUUUGGGAGAUAUACAAUUUACUAGCAUCAAAGUUCAGAUUUAAACCCAGCAAUUCGCUUUAUUCUAGCUAUUCAACGUAUUCCUCUCUACACAGUGGCCUGGAGCUUCUGACCUGUCACAAUGAAGCUCCUAUUUCAUUUGUUUGUUCUCUCUUUCGUCAUAACAUCUGCAUUUUGUGGGAUCAAAGACUUCGAAAAGCACUUUGAAAGUGUUAAUCAAGCUAUAAAUCCCCGUGCACCCCAAGAAAAUGAAACCCACGAUAUGCCUAAUUUUCCACCAGAGUUCCAUAAGGAAAAUACUAUAACCAAUGACUUGAUUGCUGAGGAAGAAGAGGAGGAAGACUAUCUAGAUUGGGAAAAGAUACUUGAUGAGGAUUAUUAUGGUGACAUAAUUGAUGCUUCUCCAUAUCCCUAUAUGGUUGCUGAAAUUCCGCAAGGAAAUAUUCUUGAGCUAUUCCAUGGUAAAACCAGAAUCCAGCGUCUCAACAUCCUCAAUGCAAACUUUGGCUUCAACCUUUAUCGGAGUCUGAAGGACAGAGCCAAUUCUUCAGAUAACAUUCUGAUGGCUCCUGUUGGUAUUUCCACUGCAAUGGCUAUGAUUUCAUUAGGGCUGAAGGGACAAACACACCAGGAAGUAUUCUCUGUUCUAGGCUUCAGAGAUUUCAUUAACGCCAGCUCCAAGUAUGAGAUGAUGACAGUUCACAACCUCUUCCGUAAACUAACUCACCGGCUCUUCAGACGCAAUUUCGGUUACACACUGCGAUCAGUGAAUGAUCUUUAUAUUCGGAAGCAAUUUUCUAUUGUGGAUGAUUUCAAAAACAACAUGAAAAAUUAUUACUUUGCUGAGGCUCAAUCAUCUGACUUCUCAGACCCUGCCUUCAUCACUAAAACCAAUGAGCGCAUCCUGAAACUGACCAAAGGAUUAAUAAAAGAAGCUCUGGUGAACAUCAACCCCACAACACUGAUGAUGAUUCUCAACUGUAUUUACUUUAAAGGAACUUGGGAAAACAAGUUUCCAGUGGAAAUGACAAACAAACGGACCUUCCGACUGAAUGAGAAAGAAACAAUAAAGGUUCCUAUGAUGCAGACCAAAGGAAACUUCCUGGCUGCUGCAGACCAUGAGCUAGACUGUGGUGUGCUCCACCUGCCAUAUGUGGGGAACAUCAGCAUGCUGAUUGUGCUUCCAAACAAACUAUCUGGCAUGAAAGCACUGGAGAAGCAACUGACCCCUCAGAUGGUGGAGAAAUGGCAAAAGAGCAUGACAAACAGAACAAGAGAGGUAGUUCUGCCUAAAUUUAAGCUGGAGAAGAACUAUGACCUGACUGAUUAUCUGAAAUCCAUGGGAUUGGAAACACUGUUUGACAACAAUGGCGACUAUUCUGGAAUAUCAGAUGAGAAAGUCAUCAUUGAUAUGUUCAAUCACCAAGGCACGAUUACUGUGAACGAGGAAGGCACAGAGGCUGCAGCUGUGACCACGGUAGGGUUCAUGCCCCUUUCCACUCAGAUUCGCUUCAUCGUUGACCGUCCCUUUCUGUUUCUCAUCUACGAGCAUCGCACCAACUGCCUGCUGUUCAUGGGCAGAGUCGCCAACCCCAGCAAGUUUUAAAAACAGAGGAGUGCUCUCAUAUCCAGGUUGUAUCAUUACAUUUUAGUAUAGCUAUUUUUGAAAGGAAGUUUUUACAAGACCAUUCGUGUAUAUAUAUCAAUAUAUAUAUGAAUGGACUCACAGCAGUAGAUGAUAUGACUGCAAUUUAUAAAGAUCAAUGCCAGGCACUGAUAUACCUGUAUUAAAAAUCUCAUUUAAUAACUUACAUAGUGUUAUAUUCAAUGUAUUGAACUUAACCAGCAAAUAAAACAUUAGACCAAGAUUUUUAAAAGUGGAUGUCUACAGUUAAUUUCUUAAAUCUGUAUUUAGACACUUACAAACAGGCAGGCCUAAGGAAGUGCUGAACACCUUGCAGUUCUGGUACCUAAAUAUAGAAUUAGGGAUCUAACUAGGUAUCCAUUUUGAAAAUCUUGCCCUCAGAACCUGAUUCUGCCCUCUGAUAUCUCAUAGACCAAAUUCAGCCUAGAGGAAACUGGCACAAUUCCCAGGGAAGUCCCAGCCAAACUCAGCAGCAAUCUAAAUGGAGGUAUAAACAGUGAAGUAGAGAAACUUGUACUGAUUUCACAUUCAACAGGUUUAUAAAACAUGAAACUUACAAACCAAUGAGGCAGAAAAGAGGGAUUGUAGGAAAAGUAAGGUACCAUUAGGUCUGGUUUUGAUUUCAUACCAGUUCUACAUUGGCAUGGCGCCAAUGAUUUCAAUAGUUACUCCUGAUUUCCAGUGUGAAAUCAGAGUCAGGCCAAAUGGGUAAUUUAUACCACUGUAAACUGUCACCAAUUUAGCCAAUUGUGUGUAGACACACAUCUGUGAGGGGGAUAAGGUCCAUAACACAGCUUAUAUACAAAAAGGCAUUUUAUAUAAAUGAAGUAGACAGGGAAAAACUCCCUCCCCGCCCCCAUAUCCUCAAUACCCGAAGUCCUACAUUUUCUAUCACAUUUUAUUUUCUCCAUUUCUUUACAGAAAACAUUUAUAUAAACAAAGCAUUUAGGCAGAAAAUAGGGGCCCUAAAGCUCACCUCAGGCUAAAUCUAAUGCAAUUUAGUGCAAAAAACUUGAUAAAAAAAUAAUAAACUACUGGUAACUUUUUCAGACUUUACAGUAGGAACAUAAACACUGUCUAAUUAUUCUCAUCAUCCACGUAGACGCAACGUACUUCCAUUCUAAAAUGCUACAAUUUGACAGGAGGAACAAAUUUACACUUGUUCUACGAACUGUCAAGAUAAGUACACUGACAACACAUGUAUUCACAUUUCAAACCUUCCCUUUUCUCUGUGCCUUCUAAAGAAUUCAUAUUGUAGUCUCACAAGUUUACUGCAUUAUUUGGAAUAUCUAAUAUUAUACAAAAUCUAAGUGUUUUCAAUAUUAAACUUUCCUUUGCAUAUUUUCUUUGGUAGCAUAAGAGAAAACAAACAAUAGUACUUUUGUGGAUUUACAAGUCUUUAAUGAAGUCUUUAAAAUGCAAUUUGUAGUUGAUCCUGUUUUGCUUUUAUACAGUAUGUCAUUUUCAAUUUUGUGCCCAACCAUAAAUGAAGCUGUUUAAACAUUCAAGUAAAUGAAAAAUACCUAUUGUAUAGGAAAUAGCAUGGCGAAGAGCUGAUAUCAAAUAAUUAUUCUACUCAAUAAAUAGUUUUUCCUUUUUCAA